AAGUUAAAUGGCAAGUUUGUAACUUGAUAUUAGUAUUAGAAAAAGCUAAUGAGUUGAAGCUAACUCAUUUAAAUAUGGUUUUAUACUCUAAUUGUGAACAAACUGCGAAUCUUUUAAUCAAAACAUGAUUGGGUUAAAGUUUAAACGAUUAAAUAGACUUUAUUUUAAAGUUAAAUGGCUAUCAAAUUGGUCAUCUGUCUUGCUUAUCAGUCUGUUGGUUGUACUUGAUAAUGUUCAUGGUUUCAAUUUCCAGGAUGACACCGAGUCUACUUCGAUUCCAAUUUUCGAUUCCGACACCAAUUCAAAUGGUUUACUUGUCGGUGGCUCCUUUGAGUAUUACGAGGAUAAUGGUAAUGCUACUGAAAAAAGUGAUCAAGAUGAUUAUAUCGAUUCAUCAGGUUUAUCUGGACCAGGAGGAAUUCUUGAAGACUAUGUUCCCGCAGGAAAUGAUGAAAUUCCUCAAAUGAUUAACAGAGUGAUUGGAGGUAUUCCUGCUGAUGAAGAUACCUUCCCUUACAUAGUCUCUUUGCGUUAUAAUUAUGCACAUCAUUGCGGAGCGUCAAUUUUAUCACCAACUUGGAUUUUAACUGCCGCUCAUUGUGUGAAAAAAGAAACCCCUCAUUUAUAUCGCGUUCAAGCAAAUUACAACAAUCUCAGAGAUCAAAGACAAAAAUUUUAUGAAGUGCGAAAAAUAAUUGUCCCAUCUCGUCGCGGUGAUUACGCAGAUGAUAUUGCACUUGUGAAACUAGCUGAACCACUUCCUUUAGGAGACAAAAUUACCACUGUUAAGUUACCGUCCUAUCCACCAAAAUCAGGACAGAAAGUAACUGUUGCUGGAUGGGGUGCGGUGGGGAAAAAAUCCACUGAUAAACUGAUGACCGCUGACUUUCCAUUGAGAAGUAAAACAGAGUGUGGCACAGUUUUUCGUAGACAAUGGAAUAGCGGAAUGAUUUGUGCUGGAAUCAAAGGAGUUGAUGCUUGUCCUGGUGAUUCGGGUGGACCAUUGGUAAUAAGAGGUCCAACCCCUCGAGAUGAUGUUUUAAUAGGUGUUGUAUCUUGGGGUCCAAUUUGUGGAACCUCAUAUGGGGUCUAUGCUGAUGUUUGGCACUAUCGAAGAUGGCUAGAAUCCAAUACCGAUCUUGACGACCCUAAUAACGAUCGUAAAUUUCCAUGGCAUAGCUAUGUAGAUAAUGAACCAAACAAAGGUCGUCCAGGACGCUGGCCAAAUAAGUGGCGAUCAGCAGAAGUCAGCUCUUGGAAUGAUAAUCCGAUAAGUAGGACAAUAUCUAAGGUUUUGGAGCCUUUGCGGAGAAGUCAAGAUAAGAAUAAUGAUGACAGUGACUCGAACUGAAUCUCAUAGCAAAUUAAUUGCUCCUUCAAAAAUUGAAAUACAAUCUUAAUAAAAUUGUUGAAUUAAACAAAUGA